AUUGAAUCUGUACAUAGAAAUUUUGCUCAACAAUGGAAUGCAAUGAAAAAAAUAGGUCUGAACCUCGAUUGCAUACGCAUCCUCCGACAAGAGUUACGGUGACGAGAGCUACACGAUCCUUUGGAAGAGUUUAUCCUCCAGGUUUUCCUGUGAUGAAGCCUCACCAAAUAUCAGCGAUGAAGUCACCAAUGCGAACUCAUCUGAGUCCAAUGUACAGAUUUUCAAAAACAAAAACGUAUAUGGAACAAUGUUUUGACCUCAUCAAAGUUCUCGGUAAUGGAUCAUUUGGUCAAGUUUUGGACGUGAAAUGUUUGGAGACGGGGAAAAGGUUUGCGAUCAAGAAAGCCCUGCGCACAUUUGAAUCAUCCGGAAAGCGACGUCGUCAAUUACUGGAAGUGAUAACGCAUGAAUCAGUCGCUCCUCAUCCAAAUAUUGUACAGUUCGAAAAAGCAUGGGAAGAGAGAGGACGUCUUUACAUCCAAACUGAACUAUGCGGUCCAAGCCUGAACGAGUAUAGAUGCGAAUUUGGACCACUUUUGGAGGACGAACUAUGGACUGUCCUGGUUGACACACUUAAGGCACUUGAUCAUCUUCAUUCCGAGAACAUUUUACACCUGGAUGUGAAACCAUCAAACAUUUUUAUUUCGUUAGAUAAUUCUAUGUGCAAAUUAGGAGACUUUGGCUUGGCUAUCAAUCUAAACUUGACGUCUGCCGAAGUUGCUGACGAGGGAGACAGAAACUAUAUGGCUCCAGAAGUUCUUAAUGGACCUCCAUCAGCAGCAUCUGAUAUGUUUAGCCUUGGUGUUACGAUGCUUGAGCUUUCAACGACCGUUGACGUGGAGGACGAGCGAACCGUCAUUAGAAAAGGUCCAUUGCCAAAAUCCUGGUUUGAUGGAGUUCCCUGUACACUGCGGGAAAAAAUAGUUCGGCUUCUGAAUUUCAAACCAAGAUGUCGUCCUCAAGCGAAGAGACUUUUGGAUGAGACUAAGAAGAUAGACAUGCAUAGAGCUGUUUUCCGAACUCUGAGAGAGACAAGCACACCCUGCGAUAAAGAGUAUUAUAUGGACAAGGAUUGGGAAUAUGAGUUUGAGGGUAUGCUUGAUUUUUGUCCACAUACACAAAAUUCCAACAUCUUUUUAGAUGUUGUCUAUCCACCAUCGCUCCGAACAAAAAGGAAAAAACGGUUGGUUUUCGAUGAUGAGGACGAAAAGGAAAAAGAAACAGCGGUUGAAGUAAAACUGGAUGCAAAUACGCCAUCACCGACGUCAGCCCAACCGUUCACCCGAGUUCUCGACUUCGACGGUUCUCCCCCUCUCAAGAAAGCCAAAAUCUCACUUUCUGUCAAAUAA